UCGGAAAAGAAAUAAAAUUUACACCCUGAAUGGCAAAAUUUGAAUACCGGUAGUUUUUUUUUUUCAUUUUCAAGUAUAUAUUUCAUAUUUCCAUUCCAAAAGCAAUGCUUCUCUUUUGACUGGUUGUAAUGUUGUUGACAUGUGAUUCAUUUUAUAAGGUUUUAGUUAGUUAAAAUGAGCUAGCCAACCAUAUCGACUGAAUUUUUUGUUCUUGGCUACCAUAAAAUUUACUACUAUUACUAUGAAUAUCAGGUUGUAAUGUUAUUGAAAUUCAAAGACAUUCUUAUAUUGCUUCCUUUCUUUAUGUGACAUGAAACUUGACUUGGCUGAGUUUUCAAAUAUAUGCCUCCUAAGUUGAUAUACCACUGUUUUUUGAGCAAGAUUUGAUACAAUUUUAUAAUAUAUGAUUAACUGUUAUUUUGUAGAUUUUCUUGUAAAAAUGUUACAAAUGUUUCAUAUUAAACUUUGUUUUUAGGAACAGAAUUUGAAUUUAUUGCCUUGAAAGGUUUGUUUUCAAAAUACUUGUACAUUAUAAAAUGUUUCAAAUUUUUUUGUUUCAAAUUGUUUUACAGUUAUUUCCUCAUUAUGAUGAUUUAAGUUAGUUUACACAAUAUCUGUUUGAACAGUAAUAGAUGAUCUGUUCAUAAUGGAUAAUGAAAACGCUGUGCUGGUCACCAGAAAACUUCUACACAAGAUCAAAAGCUUGUCUAAAAAAGUUGAGCUGUUGUAUUUGAAAGAGAAGUUCCCAUUUGCAUUUGAGGGGAAACCAGUAGAUACUGCAGAACACAAAGCCUUAACAAUAUGCCAUUUUCUGAAGGAAAACCCAGAAAUGUAUAACGAUGUAAUGUUAUCUUUGAUGAAAGAAGAAAGUGGCCUAAGCAUACAGAUUGAAAGAAAAGUCAAAAAAUUACAUGCAUUGGUUUGACUAGAAAUAAAAAUGACUUCAUUUUUCAAAUAAUAAAUAUCAUUCAAAACCAAUUCAAAUUGUAGUUCCUGCAAUUCAAUACUGUGCUCAAUGAUUAAUUAAAAAACAGUAUUUAUAUAGUAGUAAGCAGAGAAUAAUUGCUUACUUGCUCAGGCUUGAGUCAUGUGCCACAAUCUAUUUGUUCGUCACUCGGGGAUUCUGGCAAUUGGAUUUGAACUAGUAUGUUUUGUUUCACAGUAAAUAUUGGUAGUAAAAUUUAUAACAUAUUUGACUAUAAUUUAUAAUUGAAGCAGAAAUUCUUAACAUAGUUUAAAUGCUGGUAUUAUUGAAAAAGCUUACUUUACGUGCUUCAUCAACAAAAUGUAGUGUUUUAUUUCAUCAUUUUUCUCAAGCACAUGGUCCUACUAUAUGCAUUAUUGGGAGUGGUCCUGCUGGGUUUGGAAUAUCUCAAUAUUUAUUAAAGAAUCAUGACUUGUUGCGAAUCAAGAUGAUUGAAAAAUGCCCUAUUCCGUAUGGUUUGAUAAGAUAUGGGGUUUCUCCUGAUCAUCAAGAUGUAAAGAACUGCAUCCAUGGAUAUGAGAGAGUUGCAGAGAACCCUAGAUUUUCUUUCUAUGGGAAUGUUGAUGUUGGAAGCGAUAUAACACUAAGUGAAUUACACCAAGUAUCUGAUGCUGUGGUCCUUUGCACUGGUGCACAAAAACUCUUACAGCUUGGAAUUCCUGGAGAGGAUCUACCCAAUGUCUUUUCUGCAAAAGAAUUUGUUGGCUGGUAUAAUGGUGUUCCACAAUACAACCAGUUAAAACCGGAUUUAUCUGGUUCAAAUGCAGCAAUCAUUGGCGUCGGGAAUGUGGCAUUGGACUGUGCAAGAAUGUUGCUUAAGCCACAUGAAGAAUUAAAAGACACUGAUAUAACUGCAGAAUCUUAUAAGGCAUUGGAAACAAGCAAUAUUAAAAAUGUUAUUUUAAUAGGAAGACGUGGUCCGCUUCAAAUGACUUGUACAAGAAAAGAGUUGUCUGAAAUUACCGAUCUUGCGAAUGUGACAACAAUAGUGGAUCAAAAAUGUUUCACAGAUGCUGUAAAAACAGCUUUGAAAAUUAAAAACCUAAAAUUGAGGAAAACACAAAGACUUGUGAAGCAUUUGAUGACAUCAAUGAAUAAUUCUGAUUCUAAAGCAGACUCCGAAACCAAUCAAAAAUUUGUUGUUAAGCUUUUACGAUCCCCUGAACAAAUUAUUGAAAAAAAUGGAGCAGUUUGUGGUGUAACAUUGAAGAAAAAUUUUAUGACUGGUGAAGAUGCGUUCAAGCCUGAUAUAUCUUACACAAAUGAGACUGAAAAUAUUGAUUGUAGCUUGGUCAUUUCAGCUAUUGGAUAUGGGAAUGAGACUAUUGAAGAAACUAUUCCUUUUAUUGAAGGAAAAAUUAUGAACAAUGGAGGCAGGGUUGACCAUGCACCUCCAUUAUAUGCGUGUGGUUGGUGUAAAAACGGUGCAAAAGGCGUUCUUGCAGAUACUUUAAAUGACUGUUUGAUAACCGGAAAAACUCUUUUAACCGACUUGAAAGCUUGGGAACAAAAGUAUGAUAAAAAUAAAGGAAAAUUGGAUGAAUUUCUGGUACAAAAACAGAUAAAAUCAUAUUCUUGGGAUGAUUGGAGAAUUAUUGAUAAAUAUGAAACAGAUCAAGGCAUAAAAUUAGGUAAAGUAAGAGAAAAGGUGGUUCAUGGAAAACAAAUGUCUGAAAUUAUUAAUGCUAAAUCAAAUGAUGUAUUGUGACAUAAACAUUUUUCUUUGUUGUAAAACCUUGUCAACUUGUUCUGAUUACAAUGUUGGAACAGUCUUCAAUUAUAGAUUCGUUCAUAUUUUUUUUACAUCAAUAAAAAAUCGAUGAAGAGUCCCCAAAUAUGUAUUUCAUGUAUAUUGAUCGGAAAUUUAACUAGAUACCUUUUUCUCAGA